AUGUCCCCUCUUACUAUGCGGUCACCAACUUUAACAUUGUCACUUGUCCCUCUGGACCAGCAGGGACUUAUUGAAACUGAUCCAGAAUAUAACAGGUUCCAGACCUUAGACCAUAGCAGGUUUCAAUUCCUGAGAAAUUGUUUAUGGAUGCAUGAACAAGAUAUAAGAAUUCUUGUUGCAUUCAAAAUUCGUGCCACGAAACAGGGUCAGAAAUUCUUGAAGACUAAAAUAUUGGAGAACACUGAUAUGAAAAACCCAUGUGUUAGUACAAAUAUCCAAAGAGCCACUAAUGUUGUAUAUCAAGCUCAUCAUGUCAGCAGGAGCAAAAGAGGCCAAGUUGUGGGUACAAGAGGUGGAUUUCGAGGCUGCACAGUGUGGCUAACAGGUCUUUCUGGUGCCGGUAAAACAACUAUUGGCUUUGCUCUGGAAGAAUAUCUGCUGUCUCGUGGCAUGCCUUGCUACUCUCUGGAUGGGGAUAACAUUCGGCAUGGUCUGAACAAAAACCUAGGUUUCUCAACUGAUGACCGAGAAGAAAACAUCCGCCGUGUUGCCGAGGUUGCCAAACUGUUUGCCGAUGCUGGUCUUGUUUGCAUAACUAGUUUCAUUUCCCCUUUUGCAAAGGAUCGUCAAAACGCAAGGGAAAUUCAUGAAAUGGCUGGUCUUCCUUUCUUUGAAAUCUUUGUAGAUGCUCCUCUAAAUAUUUGUGAAAGCAGAGAUGUGAAAGGCCUUUACAAAAAAGCAAGGGCUGGAGAAAUCAAAGGAUUCACUGGGAUUGAUUCAGAGUAUGAGAAACCAGAAUCUCCUGAACUAGUGUUGAAGACGAACAUUGCUACAGUGAGUGAAUGUAUCCAGCAGGUUGUGGAGCUGCUACAAGCACAAAACAUUGUUCCCAAAACUGUGAUUAAGGAUGUUCUUGAACUGUUUGUACCUGAAAAUAAGAUUGACCAGACCCGAGCUGAUGCUAACAUGCUGCCUACUCUAGAGAUUACCAAGUUGGAUCUUCAGUGGGUCCAAGUCCUGAGUGAAGGCUGGGCCACACCACUGAAAGGAUUUAUGCGUGAGACAGAAUAUUUGCAAGUUAUCCAUUUUGGCACCCUCAGGGAUGGAAAGGGUAGAGUUGGUAUAGCUCUAGUUGAUGGCGUUAUUAAUCUGAGCAUUCCCAUUGUGCUCCCUGUUGCUACGGAAGAUAAGGAACGGCUGGAUGGCUGCACUGCAUUUGCACUUGAGUAUAAUGGCCAAAGGGUAGCAAUCCUCAGAAACCCAGAGUUCUAUGAACAUAGGAAGGAGGAGCGCUGUGCGCGUGUGUGGGGGACAACCUGUGUGAAGCACCCACAUGUCAAAAUGGUGAUGGAAAGUGGGAAUUGGCUGGCUGGUGGUGAUCUUCUUGUGUUAGAGAAAAUAAAAUGGAAUGAUGGACUGGACCAAUACCGCUUGACACCACUGGAGCUCAAACAGAAGUUUAAAGAAAUGAAUGCUGAUGCCAUAUUUGCAUUUCAACUGCGCAACCCUGUCCACAAUGGUCAUGCUCUGCUCAUGCAGGACACCAAAAGCCAUCUGCUGGAAAGAGGUUACAAACAUCCAGUGCUUCUGCUGCACCCUCUAGGAGGCUGGACCAAAGAGGAUGAUGUGCCACUAGAGUGGCGAAUGAAGCAGCAUGCAGCCGUGCUUGAGGAACAUGUCCUAGACCCAAAGUCAACUAUUGUUGCAAUCUUCCCCUCUCCCAUGUUGUAUGCUGGUCCAACAGAGGUUCAGUGGCACUGUAGGGCUCGAAUGAUUGCUGGAGCUAAUUUCUACAUUGUGGGCCGAGACCCUGCAGGCAUGCCCCAUCCAGAGACCAAGAAAGACUUGUAUGAGCCCACACAAGGAGGGAAGGUCCUUAGCAUGGCACCAGGCCUGGCCUCUGUGGAAAUCAUUCCCUUCAGAGUUGCAGCAUACAAUAAAGUAGAAAAGGCCAUGAUUUUCUACGAUCCAGAAAGGCACAAUGAAUUUGACUUCAUCUCUGGAACACGCAUGAGAAAGCUUGCUCGGGAAGGCGAAAAUCCACCUGAUGGGUUCAUGGCCCCAAAAGCUUGGAAAGUCUUAACUGAAUACUACAAAUCACUGGAAAAAAAUAUUAAUUCUAUUUUUCCUCAAAAAUAUGGGCACAGAAAGACAGAAUUGCUCCAGUCAGAACUCCAGGUGGCAUUUUGCCCUCAGGGCUUGGUGAAGAAAAAUCCCACCCACAGUCAUGAAGGGCUCCCACUCUAG